UCCUCCCCCUGGCCUGCCAAGGGCUUCAGGGUCUGAUCUUCCAUGCGCAGCUCCCCCUCUACCCACACCCCAGCACCAUGUUCUCCCUCACCUCCUGGCUCCCCUCACUGCCCUCCUUGGACUGGGGCUCCAGCUUACUGGACUCCCUCCUGCAAGGCCUGAUUGGAGCCUGUGGAGUCUCUGUCCUUGGCAGCUUCAUGAAAAUCUAUUUCUUCAUCUACUGUGUGAAUGAUCCCAAGAGAAAGAAGGAAAAGGAGUACCUGGUUUCCCAGUGGGCAGUGCUGGAGCCCCUGCACCUGCUGGGGCUGACGGCCUUCCUCGCCGUGGUCGGGGUCCGAGUGGCUGCCCUCGUGGUAUUGGAGUUCUCACUCCGGGCCGUCUCUAUGCUGCUGACCUUGAACAAGGGCCCACUGGUCCCCGAGUUCCUCCAGCUCUUCCUUCUGUGCCAGUAUUCCCUGGGCUGUGGGCUGACCUGCAGCCUGAGCUUCCUGCUGGAGGGGGCGCCACACCGCACUCUCAACUUGCUGCUCAGUCUGGGGCUGGCAGGACUUCUGGCGAGUGGGGCCCGGCGUCUGUACCACCAUGCCUGCCGCCUCUAUGAACUGCACAGCUGCGAGCAGUACUGCGGAGCCUGCCUCACCCUGCUGGCCAAGUGGCACGACCUCCCCACCCUGCUGGGCUGCGCCUUGCGCGUGGCCUUCCUGGUGGGCGACGUGGCGGCCGUGGCCCUCAUCAACCGUGACUUCCUCACCACCUCAGAGGCCGUGCGCUUCUGGACUCCGCUUACCAUCUGCUACACCUUGCUGGUCAUCUACAUGCAGGAAGAGCAGCGACACCAUCCGAGCACACGGAGCCAAUACCAGACGGUGUUCGUGCGAAUGGGCGGCCUCUUUAUCCUCCUGCUGACCGUCGGCCGCUGGCUGGACCUCAUGGGCGUCUUCAUCUCCCUCUUUGGGGAGCUCUGGUGCCUGGCUAGUUCUCGAGUCCUGCUUGACCUCUGUCAGAAGCAGGAUCUCUCCCAGAUACCUUCUGUGGUAGCACCGAGUCAGUAGAAGCCAGAAGUUCAACCUGAGCCCCACCUCUCCAAAGAUAAGGCUCAUUCCUAAGAUCAGGAUGGCAGAAGUGUGAGCUCUUCCAGGACCUGGAGCCCAGCAAGGACUGACCUACUGUGGGGGAGGUCUUAGAAGGACAGAGCUGGAGAUAUAGCCCUGCUGGACGGGGCCACCCUAGGACUCUUCUGUGGUCCAGAAGGAAAGAAUUCUGUUGGCCUGCAGAAAGGACUCCUUGGAGAUAGUGGAGUUUCCAAAUCAGAGCCAGGCCUGGACCGGACAGAGAGAACCCAGCUCAAAUUUGGUAUUAUGGUCGUUGAACUAAGGUUAAGCUGCUGAUCUUAUCCCCUGUUUACCUCUUCGGGCGGAAGGAAUGGGCAGCUGACAGUCCUCGGUGGUGGGAAGGAUCCUGUACCAUCCCCUCUCUGGCCUCCCUUCCUUGUCUCAUAAGAAAUAAAAUAUUCAGACCCUU